AGAGGCAGGGUUUCAAGUGGAAGUGAGGAGGAGUGAAUUGAGACUGAACUUUACUGAAGGACCUUCGAAUCGACCAACGUUGUGCUCAUUGGACGUGCAAGCUUUCAAUUAGGCUUAUCCGAGAAUACAUUUUAUUGGUUUGAGGUGAGGCCGAUGGUGGAGGUGGAGGCAGGAGAAUGACUCUGAUGGUCGGCUUGCUCUCAGCGGCUGCUGCUCCUCUCCGCUUCGGACUGAGAAGGACUUUACAGCGCUCUUUCCUCACCGGCACUCUCGGAAAACUGUCAUCAGCCCGCUUACAUGUCCACCCUCACAGGAAGCUGACUGUGAAUGACCUGAAGCCUCUAUGGACUUUAAAUAAGCCUUGGUCUACAUCAAUACUGUAUACAGAAGACACUUCUAAAAGUGGGCCUGGACGCCAGUCGAGUGCAGGAGGAGGAGGCGGAAAGAAAGGAGGCAAGAGAGAUUGGAAAAGCAGAUUACAACAGGGUGAUAUACCUUGGGAUGAUAAUGAAUUCCGUUACGUGCUGGUCACAGUAGCGGGUAUUGCAUCUGCCCUGCUUUACUUGUUCCUCCGUGAUCCAGGAAUCGAGACUACUUGGAAAGAAUUUGUCCAUCGCUACCUGGCCAGAGGACUAGUUGAUCAUUUGGAGGUCAUUAACAAGCGGUUUGUAAAGGUCGUCCUAGUCCCAGGAGUCGAUGCUUCAGAUGGAAACUAUGUAUGGUUCAACAUUGGUAGUGUAGACACUUUUGAGAGAAAUCUAGAGGCAGCUCACAAUGAAUUGGGACUGGAGCCUUCGAACAGAGUGGCAGUGGUGUACCGAUCAAAGAUUGACGGGUCUUUUAUUAAGAACAUCAUUCCUACAUUGCUGCUGAUUGGUUUUCUGCUCUUCACUCUACGACGAGCAUCAAUGGGUGGAGGUGGAGUUGGUGGAAAGGGGCGUGGGCUUUUUGGUAUGAGCGAAUCCCCUGCCAAGAUGAUGAAGGACAAUAUAGAUGUAAAGUUUAAAGAUGUUGCUGGGUGUGAGGAGGCAAAACUGGAGAUCCUUGAAUUUGUCAACUUUCUGAAGAACCCACAACAGUACCAGGACUUGGGUGCUAAGAUCCCUAAGGGAGCUGUUCUGUCAGGACCUCCAGGAACAGGCAAGACUCUACUGGCCAAAGCCACUGCCGGAGAAGCCAAUGUCCCCUUUAUUACUGUCAAUGGCUCCGAAUUCCUUGAGAUGUUUGUGGGGGUUGGUCCAGCCAGAGUAAGGGACAUGUUUGCUAUGGCAAGGAAGAACGCUCCAUGCAUCCUGUUCAUAGAUGAGAUUGAUGCGGUUGGCAGGAAGAGAGGUGGAGGAAACUUUGGUGGUCAGAGUGAGCAGGAGAACACUCUCAAUCAGCUGCUUGUUGAAAUGGAUGGUUUUAACAGCAGUACGAAUGUUGUGGUCUUGGCUGGUACAAAUCGGCCAGAUGUCCUGGACCCUGCUCUGAUGCGGCCUGGGAGAUUUGACAGGCAGAUAUAUGUAGGUCCUCCUGAUAUAAAAGGCAGAGCCUCUAUUUAUAAGGUUCACCUGAGGCCCCUAAAACUGGACCCAAAACUCGACUCAGAUGCCCUGGCGAGGAAAAUGGCUGCUUCCACCCCUGGUUUCACAGGAGCCGACAUUGCAAACGUGUGUAACGAAGCCGCCCUAAUUGCUGCCAGAUAUCUCAGUGAAUCUGUCAAUACCAAACACUUCGAACAGGCCAUUGACCGAGUGAUCGGAGGUCUCGAGAAAAAGACGCAAGUCUUGCAACCAACUGAGAAGAAGACGGUGGCUUAUCAUGAGGCUGGACAUGCUAUAGUGGGCUGGUUCCUCAAGCACGCAGACCCACUGCUCAAGGUUUCUAUUAUUCCACGUGGGAAAGGUCUGGGCUUUGCGCAGUACCUCCCUAAAGAGCAGUACCUGUACACUCAGGAGCAGCUGUUUGACAGGAUGUGCAUGAUGCUGGGUGGCCGAGUGGCUGAGCAGGUUUUCUUUGGCAAAAUUACCACCGGUGCUCAGGAUGACCUAAAGAAAGUCACACAGUCGGCCUACGCUCAGAUUGUGCAGUUUGGGAUGAAUGAAAAGGUGGGCCAGGUGUCGUUUGAUCUGCCGCGGCGGGGCGACACGAUGCUUGAGAAGCCCUACAGCGAGGCUACGGCAGAGCUCAUCGAUAAGGAGGUCAGAGAGCUGGUGGACAGUGCCUACCAAAGAACUCUGACUCUCAUCAAAGAGAAAUAUGACCUGGUUGAAAAGGUGGGAAAACGUCUCCUGGAAAAAGAGGUGCUGCACAAAGCUGAUAUGAUAGAGCUGCUCGGUCCCAGGCCGUUUGCUGAGAAAUCCACCUACGAGCAGUUUGUGGAAGGCACAGGUAGCUUUGAGGAGGACACAAGCCUACCUGAGGGACUAAAGGACUGGAACCAAGAAAAGGAGAAGAACCUGGAUGAUGAUGAAAUCUCCCAAAAGAAGCAGGCAGCUUAAAACUUGAAUGAGACCAUGAAUUCUCCUCUCGUAUCCGGCUACACUCAUUUUAGGAUAAUCCCUCUGAGGAUAUUUUUUUUUUCUGUGAUGAUGAGAGAUGUUGUGACAUGGCUACAUUUCAGCUUUUGUAAAAUGUUAAUGAGCAGCUUGUAUUAACAUUUGAAAUGCCUUAAUCAUCAGUAGACGCAGAAAUCAAGGCAUAGAAAAUCAUAUGCUGACCUCUUCACACCAUUUUCAUUUUCUUUUUUUUUUCCUUUUUUUUAUGUUGAAUAAAUUACCUCACCUUUUUUUUUUUUUUUUUUUUUUUUAUAUCACAAGUUUUAGAAGCUAGCUGAUAGACUGAAAUGUUUAAAGUAAAAGGUUUUUGUAAAUCCUCUUUAUAAAAGGGGAAGAGAAGAGAUGAUGCUGUGUAUUUAUAUCAUUUAAAGAGUGAUCUGAAAUCCUCAUUUUGACAAACCUGUAUAUUGUAAUUAUUAAAUUAAACAGCCUAAUUUCUCCAGAACACUUCCAUUCAAGUGAAGUGUUCUAUUGCUUCAUGGUCUGUCAUGGAUGUCAAAAAUAUGGGUUCACAAAAUGUUUUUUUUUUUAUUCAGUUUCUGUAUUUUAAAACACUGAUUAUUCAUGCUUAUGCCACCUUCCUGAAGCUUUUUAGCAAUUAUAAAAGUUGUGUAUUUUUGCUCAUUUAUUUGGAAAUUAAAACCUUGUAAGACUGUUAGUGAAAAUUA